AACUGCGCGCUGACCCAGACAUCAUGUGUCGAUGCGGGAUGAACCGAAAGUAGAAGUACGAUGCGAAACUGUCAAGGAGGGAGAGGGCAAUGAGGGGGAGGAGGAGGAGGAGGUAGAGGACGAUGGGGAUGAAGAUGAAGACCGGGACGAGGAGGAACAGUGCAAUGGGGAGGAGGAGGAGGAAGAGGGUGAUAGGGAGGAGGAGGAGGAGGAGGAAGAGGGCGAUGGGGAGGAGGAGGAGGAGGAAGAGGGCGAUGGUGAGGAGGAUGAGGAAGACGAAGAUCGGGAUGAGAUGGAAGAUGAAGAUCGAGAGGAGGAGGAGGAAGAGGAAGAUCGGGACCCCGAUCUUCCUCUUCCUCCUCCUCCUCUCGAUCUUCAUCUUCCAUCUCAUCCCGAUCUUCGUCUUCCUCAUCCUCCUCACCAUCGCCCUCUUCCUCCUCCUCCCCCUCCCCAUCGCCCUCUUCCUCCUCCUCCUCCUCCUCCCUAUCACCCUCUUCCUCCUCCUCCUCCCUCCCAUUGUCGUCUUGCUCCUCCUCCUCCUCCCCAUCGCCCUGUCAUGGAGGAGGAGGAGAAAGAGGGUGAUAGGGAGGAGGAGGAGGAGGAGGAGGACGAGGGCGAUAGGGGGGGGAGGAGGAGGAAGAGGGCGAUGGUGAGGAGGAGGAGGAAGACGAAGAUCUGGAUUAGUGUCGAUGGGGAGGAAGACGAAGAUCAGGAGGAGGAGGAAGAGGGCAAAGGGGAGGAGGAGGAUGAAGAGGGCGACGGGGAGGAUGAGGAGGAGGAGGAAGAGGGCGAUGGGGAGGAGGAGGAGGAGGACGACGACGAAAAAGAUCGCGAUGGGAGGAGGAGGAGGAGGAGGAGGAGGAGGAGAAGGGAGAGAAAUAUCGGGUAUGGGAGGACGAGCAGGAGGAAGAAGAUGGCGAUGGGGAAGGAGGAAAGGAGGAGGAGGAGGAAGAUGAAGACGGCGAUGGGGAGGAGGAGGAGGAGGAGGAGGACGAGGAAAAAGAUCGCGAUGGGAGGAGGAAGAGGAGGAGGAGGAGGAGGAGGAGGAGGAGGAGGAGAAGAAGGGAGAGAAAGAUCGGGUAUGGUAGGAGGAGGAGGAGAAGGGAGAGAAAGAUCGGACUUGCUGGAAUUGGUGCGGGCAGCGGAGGAGGAGGAGAACAGCACCGGUGAUGGUGGUUUGGAGGAAGGAGAUGCGGGGGCAGACGUUGGGGACGAAGGAGAGAGACAAGUGGGGAGGGGUGGAGAGCCGGGUCCGCAGUCUUGCAGUGGGGUGGAGGAUGUUGGGGGGAGGGCCGUCGAUUUGCGAGGUGCAUUUCGGGGGGAAGCAGGCCCUUCUCGUGCUAAUGCACUGCAAACACAAGUGUGUAAUCGCGGGCAGAUGAAGCAGGCUUCCAUCGCGAGGUGGGUCAAAAACCCACGACAGAAGGACAUCGAUGAGAGUUGCAUCGAGUUCUUUGUGGAGAACGCAAUCCCCUUCAAUGUGGCGAAUAGCAAGUCCUUUAAGAAGUUCGUGAACACAUGUUAUGAACCACAACCUGCUGCCAAACAUCCCCUGGUCCCCACUGACUACAACCCUCUGCGGUGUUAUCUUCUCGAUGGCUUGAGGCAAAGGUUGAACGAGGAGGAGAAGGCCAUCAGGGAUGAUUGGGAGGUCACUCGCUGCACGUUCAUCACGGACGGUACCACUGACAUGUGUGGGCGGUCACUGGUGAAUUACAUCCUCGCAGGGCGUUCGAAGCCACAACAGAAAAAUUGUCGCCGAAAUUCAACAAAAUUUAUUUUUGAUGUCUAACUUAUUCAUGCCAAAAGGGGUGUGACCAACUGUUGAAAUUGGGUCUUCUGCUGUGUUCAACUACUCAUCAACAUUAUCAACUUAUUCCCAACGAGU